CAUCCCAUCCGCCUAAGAAAACAAGUUGACAACGGCCCACGCAACGUUGACUUCGGUCAAGAUAUGCGCUCUGCCUUCCAUUUUUGGCUUAUCGGGUUUCCGUUGCGCGAACUGUUCAACCGUGGUCAAUACGUUAUCCCUGCCUCCUCUAGAGCUGACUGUUUCCGUUUGCACUUUCGUCAAACACAGCCUCGGGCGUAGUACUUAAGUGACUCUUGAAUCCCACAUCACCAACUCUUCGUCCCCAUCCUAGCCAUCAUCUCAACGGGAUACAAAUACCACAGAUCCCGCGACUUCAAGUCCGCUCGGACUCACCGAGUCACAUCAUAUCACAUCAAAUCACGUUACAUCACCGAACUAGCAACUAUGGGUACCCCGUUCAUCAACUUCAUCGGGCCUAGCAAGCUUGAUGGGUUCCAGCGAGGCGCUCCGGCUGAGGCGCAACCUGGGACCAUUCCCCGAACCUUCCUUGAAGCGAUGGAGGUCCGGGAGGCGGUCUUCGUCGGAGAGCAGAAUGUUCCCGCUGAGAACGAGUUCGAUGCUGACGACCCGAGAUGCUGCCACUGGGUUGUCUACGCCAGCGUCAACAAGACAGAGGAAGCUGAGAUCCGCGACGAACAGGGCAAUGUGGUGCAGCCGCGACGCAGCUCAACUCGUACCACACCCAUUGGAACCAUCCGUCUCGUUCCCUUCCCUCACGAACCGCACCCCGACAAUGGCGGAGAGUACUGGAACGGUGUCCUGAACGGCCCCCGGAACGGCGAAGUCGUGCCGCGGAACAGCAAGGUCCCCUCAGUCGUGCCCGCAAAGACGUUUGGCAUAGACCGGGCUACGACCUAUCAUGACGGCAAAGAGCCAUACGUCAAGUUGGGUCGCCUUGCUGUCCUCAAAGAAUUCAGAGGCCAUCGCAUUGCUGGGCUGCUUGUCAAGACGGUUCUGAGCUGGCUCAAGUCCAACCCGACAUAUUUCAACCCGAGUAUCAUGGAGUUGGGCCUUGAGCAGAUGGGUGCAUCGGAUGGAAAGGAUGUUCCGAAGUGGAAUGGGCUCAUCUGCGUCCAUGCACAGAAGCAAGUCAUCGGCGCAUGGGAGAAAUGGGGAUUUGAGGUGGAUGAGGGCAUGGGCGAGUGGUCGGAAGAGGGCAUGGCCCAUGUUGGGAUGUUCCAGCGUGUGACGGUGGAUAGCCCCCCCGCCCGCGUCUAGGGCUCUUGAUCUUGCCGAGGAUCUUGCCGAGGAUCUUGCUGAUGAGUUACGGUGCAACGAGUUUUACGAAGAGUCUUACGAAUAGUCAAGAAGAACGAUGAACACGUACGCAAUGCCAAAUAGUUGACGCGUAGUCCCGAG